UGUCAGAACGGAGAAACAAAAAGACCCGCAAAAAACACGAAUCGCUUCUGUCACUCAAAAAAAUAGUUCGUUACUUUGUGCAUUAUUUCAAUUAUUUCAAUCGGAAGAAAGUUUAUCAACCUAUUUUCACCGUAUUCCCAACGGAUUCUCCCAAUGGUAAAUCCCUCACCGUAGGCAUCAUGCAUCACUCUCAGCAGCGUCAUCAGAAUUUCACCGAAAUCUACGAGCUGCUUCGGAAGCUGUGCAAAAGUUUGGCAGGCGAUCGAUAUGAAUCGGUGCUAAAAGGCGUUACCCAGCUGGUGAUCAAUACGCCCAAUUCCAUUUCGAGCAGUGGCGCAGGUGGAAACGAUGAGGGAACGAUCGUAGCCCGCAUUGGACAGCAUUUGCGGUCUCGGAGCGCGGGGGAUUACGCCCUGUUCCAGGCACUGCACGAGCAGAUGAGCGCUUAUACGGACACCAAAAGGCGGGCACAGAUCUUGGAGUUCUUGAUGUUGAUGGCCAACAGCGAAGGAGCGCAAGCGAUCAACGGACAGCUGUUGAAUUUGAAUGCCGAGUUGAGGAGCGACAUGAGUGGAAGUUUGCCAGUGACUGAUGUUAGUUCUAAAUCUUCCGGAGCGGAUUCCGGCAGCGGCGGGGGUUUGUCGAGUAUAUUCUCGAAGAUUGAGCUUCGAUCGCGAUCGACGGACAAUGUGAGCGCAGGGAUGAGGAUUAUUCCGUUUAAAGGCGGAUCGGUGGUUCAGGAUGGAAGGAGCUCUACCACUUCCGGGGAGUUGUCGGAGGAAGAAGGUCUAGCCGCGUCGAACAAUCUGCAGGAUCAGUUGAUUCAGGAUGUGAUCUACGCGUGUACGGGAAUUCAGGGCAAGUACCUGCGGAAGCACGUCGUGACGGGGGAGUUCAAGUUGGAUCACAUCAAGGGGAGGACACUGAGUAUAGGAGAUGCGGGGAUGAUAUUGCAGUUGGCAGAAGUGGGACACUUCCACGAUCGGGUGGUGAAGUUUACGGAUCCGAAGAGCGAUUGCUACAUGAAGGGGAACUUUGGCCAGGGUUACAUUGCGGCGCUGCAGCGAGAGUUGACCCAAUACUACGGAAUGUUGGCGAUUCUGCAGGAAGAUCUGAAUCGACAGCGGAAGGAACGAACGGGAUUGACUGGUGGCGGCGAUCGACUGACUCUGAAAAAGCUGCGACUUUGGUUGACCAGUCCGAUGGAACGUCUUCAGUGGUUGGCUCAAAUCUCGGAAUCUUGCAAAGAACUGAAAGGAGGAGCGUUAGCCACCAUUGUCUACGAUUACACAGCAAAUGGAGAUCCGGAGAAUCGAAGGCUUGCCAUGGAACUACUUCGGUCGGCUUGUAUUCCGUUGCAGCAGGCGCUGAUUCGAUGGCUGAUCGACGGAGAGAUCAUCGAUCCGAAUGGGGAGUUCUUCAUUGAGGAGAUCUGCGAGGUCGGAUUUGAUCAAUUGUGGCAUCAGAAGUAUCGAAUCCGGAAAAGUAUGCUGCCCAGCUUUGUCAGCGAUGGAAUUGCCAGACGAAUUCUGGUCAUCGGAAAGAGUAUCAAUUAUCUACGGGAAGUAUGUCAGGACAAAACCCCGGUGAAAGCCCGAAACGAUCUGAAGCAGUGUUUGGAGAACGACAUGGACUCCAUUUUCUCCACAAUUAGCACCACGAAGCUUCACCAACUGAUUGACAGCGCUUAUCUGAACACUUCCAAGCAGGUUCUGGACAUAGUCCUGGGUCCACAUCGACUCCUGGAUCAUUUACAAGCCCUCAGGAACUAUUUACUCCUAGGCCAAGGCAAUUUCGCCGAUAUUCUUAUGGAGAAUCUCCAAGCUGAACUGGAUCGACCGGCCAGCGAAAUCUACCAGCAUGAUCUGUUCUCGAUUCUGGCAGCAGCCGUUCGCAACUCCUUCUCCGAACAGGAAGAACCCGAAGUCCUCAACUACCUAGACGUUCACUUCCUCACCCACUACGAAGGCGAGUCCGGCUGGGACGUCUUCGGCCUCACGUACAAGGUAUCCGGACCGCUCUCUACAAUCCUCGAACCGUCUCUCUGUCGCUACCAGACGUUCUUCAAGCACCUCUGGAACAUGAAACACAUCCAGUUCAUCCUGUCGCGCACCUGGAAGUGCCAAACCCUGGCCGCCAAAUCACUCAAAUCGUUGCAGAACCAGAUCGGCCCGAUCGUCACCCGCGUUCAGCUCAUCACGUCCCAGAUGAUCAACUUCGUCAACCAGAUGCAGCUGUACAUCCUGUUCGAGGUGAUCGAGUGCUCGUGGGUGCAGUUCUUGCCACGGGUCAAGCAAGCCAAGGCCCUCGAUGACAUCCUGGAGGCGCACCACCAGUUUCUGGAGGAGAUUCGGAUCGGGAUCUUCCUGGACGAAAGCUCCCAGCAGAUCAUCAACACGCUGGAACAUAUCUUCGACACGGUCCGAAAGCUGGAAGAAUGGCGCGAGCGAUUCUACCGGCUGUGCUUCACGGAGUACGAAGCGAGGAGGGACUACCAGGAACAAAUCAAGCAAACGGAACGCACCGGUGACUACGGCGUCACCACGGAACAGAUGCUCGAGCGAGACGAGCAAGCGAAAACGUUCGAACAGCACCUGGCCACGCACCAGACGCUGCUACAGGACAUCGGCAACGAGUACGAGAAUUUGGUCGGGCAGUUCCUGUACCAGUUGGCGAUCUCGACGAGCGAGGCCCUACGCCAGCUGGGAAUGCGGCUGGACUACAAUGAGUACUACAAGCACCGGGACCGGCGGCUAAACGUCCCGUUGACGUUCCAGCACAUUCGCAUGAGCAUGGCCGCGAAUAGCUUCCGCUCGCGGAAGGCCGCCUCCAGUUCGAUGCUGUACUGACAUCGUCCCGGUGAUGAGAACUGUCCGAAAGAAGUGGCGGAUGAGAAACGGACAGUGGUCGCACAUCAUUUGAACUCACUUGUUUUAAGCACCAAAACCGCGGCAACCAUUGGUACGCUAAGCUACUACAAUUGUUGCGAGUUGAUGUAAGAAAAGACGGGAGUCGGAGAGUGCCAAUGCGGUUGCCAAGCAUCAAGCAAUAGAGCGCAGUAAGUUAGCCUAAUUCGAAUGGUAGCCUUUCGAAAUGGGUUACGGGGGAUUUCUGCGAGGGUAUCGGAAUUCCCUGCUAAUAUUCACUUAAUAUAGUUGCAUGUUACACUUA